AUAUUUCAGAAUUUUCCAAACUAAGUAAGGAAGAGCGGAUGGUAAUUACUAUUGCUGAAAUUAUUCAAGAGUUGCUGCAAGCUGACAGAGAUGAAAAAGAUGUUAAUUUGAAUCGUUUGAAAACUAAAAUUUCAUCAAAAUAUGGUCUGGAGACUUCUCCUCGAUUAGUAGAUAUCAUUGCUGCAGUACCUGUCGAAUCUAGAAAAAUUUUAUAUCCGAAACUGAAAGCUAAACCUAUUCGAACAGCCAGUGGGAUUGCAGUUGUUGCAGUUAUGUGUAAACCACACAGAUGCCCUCAUAUAAAUAUGACGGGUAACAUAUGUGUUUAUUGCCCUGGAGGACCGGAUUCUGAUUUUGAGUACUCAACACAAUCAUACACUGGUUAUGAACCUACAUCUAUGAGAGCUAUUAGAGCACGAUACAAUCCUUAUGUGCAGACGAGGAACAGAAUAGAACAGUUGAAGCAGCUUGGACACAGUAUAGAUAAGGUUGAAUUCAUAGUAAUGGGAGGUACGUUUAUGUGUCUUCCAGAAGAUUACAGAGACUAUUUCAUCAGAAAUUUACAUGAUGCACUCUCCGGAUAUACAAGCCGCAGUGUUAAAGAAGCUGUCAAAUUCUCUGAGAAAAGUAAAGUGAAAUGCAUUGGUAUUACAAUUGAAACUAGACCAGAUUAUUGUCUUAAAAGGCAUUUAUCUGACAUGUUAAACUAUGGAUGUACAAGAUUGGAAAUUGGUGUUCAAUCUGUAUAUGAAGAUGUUGCACGAGAUACUAAUAGAGGCCAUACUGUAAAAGCAGUUUGUGAAAGUUUCAAUUUGGCAAAAGAUUGUGGAUUUAAAGUUGUUGCUCACAUGAUGCCCGACUUGCCCAAUGUAGAUUUGGAAAGAGAUAUGGAGCAGUUCAUUGAAUUCUUUGAAAAUCCUGCAUUCAGAGCUGAUGGCUUGAAAAUAUAUCCCACCUUAGUCAUUCGUGGUACUGGCUUAUACGAAUUGUGGAAAACAGGUCGAUAUAAAAGCUAUCCUCCAAAUACUCUAGUAGAUCUGAUAGCCAAAAUUUUGGCAUUAGUGCCUCCAUGGACGAGGGUUUACAGAGUGCAAAGAGAUAUACCAAUGCCACUUGUCAGUUCUGGAGUAGAACAUGGUAAUUUACGAGAACUAGCUCUUGCUCGUAUGAAAGACCUUGGACUAGAAUGUAGAGAUGUAAGAACAAGAGAAGUAGGAAUCCAAGAAAUUCAUCAUAAAGUCAGGCCACAUGAGAUUGAAUUAAUACGUAGAGAUUAUGCAGCUAAUGGUGGAUGGGAAACCUUCCUGUCAUAUGAAGAUCCUGAGCAAGACAUUCUAGUUGGUCUUUUAAGACUUCGAAAAUGUUCUGAAGACACGUUUAGGCCUGAAUUAAAAGGAAAUGUUUCCAUUGUCCGCGAACUACAUGUUUAUGGUAGUGUGGUACCAGUGAACUCAAGGGACCCAACCAAAUUUCAACAUCAAGGCUUUGGUAUGCUGUUAAUGGAAGAAGCAGAACGAAUAGCUAGAGAGGAACACAAAUCAUCCAAAAUAGCUGUUAUAUCAGGUGUUGGGACCAGAAAUUAUUAUAGGAAAAUAGGUUAUGAACUGGAUGGUCCUUAUAUGUCCAAAAUAUUAACUUGUGAAAAUGAUAAACUGAAAUCUCAACAGAUCUAA